AUGCCGCGUGCUUCGUCAAGUAAACAGCGAGGCUUCCCUGCACCCAUGAGGAAACCUAGUCCAGAUAUUCGACUGUUAGUUCCGCCACCCUCGUCAUACAUAUGUCCUGACACUACUUCUCCAUCGGAUGCAAUAAUUUAUGAGACACCAAAGAAGCGCAGAACCAAGCCAGGCUCGAGGAUCAAUCGUAAAAAGACACAGAGGAUUCAGUUUUUGGAAGAUGACUCGGACCUUGAAUUAACUUUGAAGGUCGACGAUCACGGCAAAGAUGUAGAGAGCCCCAACUUGCAAACUGUUGAAUCGGAUUGUAGGUCGCCCGUCAGUUUCAAUGAUGUGGUCCCAGCGACAGUGAGAGAGGGAGAAGGGUGCAUUGGAAAAAAGUAUAUUAAUGAAGAGGCGGGCCUAUCGGUACUAGCAAACCAUUCGGAUACACUGCCAUCCACUAUAGGGGAUCAUCACAGAAUGUAUGACCUUGAAAAUUCAGACGACAUCUCGGUGGCUUUUGGCGAUAUUUUUGCAGAACAAGGCGAUACGUCGGAAGUUCUGGUGACGCCACGGAUGACAGAAGCGCAGGUCGCGCAUCAAGAAUUAUUUGGACGAAAAAGAUUUUUCUCUACGACAAGUCGCAGUCAGCAAGUUCGGCAGAGCCCUGCCCGAUCAAGCAAACCGACAGCAUCGGAAGAGACUCAUAGAUGUUCGCCGUCUGCAGCAGCUGAGGCCUCAUCAGUUGGUUAUAAUGAGGUCUACUGCAACGGCUUGUCAGACGACAACAGCUCUCAGCACGAAGAGAAUUUUCACACAGAUUGUAGACUGUUUCCCAUAGAACCAGAUUGUGUUCCAGAAGAGGUAUCCGGAGGGAUGCUUGCUCCUCCAUUUCACAAGUCUUUUGCUACACAGGGGCGUGGCGAGGACAACACGCACAACAGUGCUAGCCAGUCCGAAUUACCGCAGCAGUCGGCAGUACAAGGCAUUACAUCUCCAAGAUCGUUUGCUGCUAUUAGUGGGACUUCAGCACAUCACCACAGUCUCCUACAAGCCGCGCCAAUUGACCGCCGAUUAGAACCACAUCCAGUAUACUCUUUGGAUACGAUUAAUGACUAUGAUGACCCAUUAGGCGAGCUUGUGAUCGAUCCUAAAUACCUUCCGGAAGGUUAUUUUGAAAAUCAACAGUCCUGUCCACCCAUCUGCUACAAGAGCAACAACGACGAAACAGGACGGGAGAUCUCCACACGCAGGGAGCAUGUAAGAACCCCUGAACAUUUGGCUCGUCAGAACACACCACCCAAUGUACGGCAAGAAAACAUGGAGCACGCGCGGAAGAAACCGCGGAGAGACAGCAAACUAUUUUCUUGUUUGGACAAAAGUAAAGUAUAUGUCACAACCCACUCAAGUGCUGAUCUGGCACUCGGCGGCGACAACAACACUUCCCCGCUUCGUGGAUGUAUCCAGCAGGAGAUCAGCUCCAAAAGAUUUUACGAGCCACUGGUUGCAAAGCAGUCACAGAGGCCAAUUGCUCCUGAGCUUUUCGAUAAACCCAGGCUCAACAGGAAGCACAUCUAUCCUAGUGACCGUCAGUUCGAGACAUCAUCAGUGGUUGGACAUGCGGUGCGACCAAAAAAACAAUUGACUAUCACGACCAAUCAAUUACAGCCAAGUUGUGAACCUAUACAUAUCAACACAAUCAAUAAGCCCAGUACAAGUGGUAAUAGAGAAAAGAUCGUGACUGGACGCGAUGGAAACCGACAAUCCAACCUGACAAAUCAGCAUUUGACAAUGACUGGGACUAAUGGAUUAGGAACGCUUAAGCGGUUGCCAGACGAGACUCACAUGUUGAGUAAGAGGCGUAGAAAGAAGGCCAAAAGGCAACUUAAACGCAGACUCAAUGCUAACACGCGCAGUGUACCAGAGGCUCUGACCACGCACGACCAGCUGCUUUUGACAAUACCUCAAAUAUCUACGCCACCCAACUUGAUAGAGGUGAGGACAACCUCACCUCUUUGUUCUCCGAAGCUAUCCUCCGGUGCGCGAGAUGGCUUAUUACCCCUUGCAUUACCCACAUCAACGUCACAAGUGACUAUUGCAAACUGCGAGAGCCACAAUCACGACGUGUUGUGUCCUUUACCGCUUGAUGGGAAAGGGAAGGGGGCAGCAAAAGGCCCCAAGCAGGGGAGAAGCGUCUUCUCCACCAGCGAGAGCACUGUUCAGCAGCGGUUUGCAGCACCAAGAAGCAGACAUAGCCUAUCAGCAGCAAUCUAUGCAGAGAGAACGGAUGACUCUCAAAGCACUAGGAGUUCGCAACUCGAGCCAUACUUGGUGGAUCGAAGCAAUAUACUCGCCAAGAAGAGAGAUCCGCAGAAUUUAUUGCAACGUAGAGCUACAACCCCGGGGCAUAGCCAUCGAUCGUUGGAUGCGCACCUUGAGAACCCGUCAACCCUCAUGCCAAAUGAAGCUGGCCAGGUGGGCGAGCACCGUCGUCCUCCAAAGGGAGCUUUAGAUCAGCGAAGUCUCCAGAAACCACCCUCCAUGGAAUCUUCUCACAGGCUCACUGGGAUGGCUUGGCGGUUUAGUCGAGACGCUGGCUCAAUGUCAACAUCACAAACCCCUAGCGGCAAUGCGAACGAAGCCAGUAGUUCGCUCCCGGUGCGGCAUGACUCGCAGGAUAUCGGUCGGUAUGCAGCCCUGCGAUCUCCGAAAACAAUAUCAAGGCCAGCUGCAGUAAGGUAUUUGGUUUGUGGCAGCCAGAUCAUCAGCCAAGCACCGCACUGCCAUGAGGGUUUUGAUACGAUCGGCACUGGGGUUUGGAUAUCUCAAAGUCCAGAUACCAGCCUUGUCCUGAAGAAACAUAGGGAGCUUGAGAAUCGUCUGGAGAAGUUAGAGAAGCUUAUCGAAAAGCUAACUUCGGAUUGCUAG